UGGGCAGGUGCAGUGGAGCCUAGCCCGCCUUGCGCCGGUGCCGCGCUCCCCGCCCCACCAUGGGCAACAGCGCGGGCCGCAGCGACUUCGAGUGGGUCUACACCGACCAGCCGCACACGCAGCGGCGCAAGGAGAUGCUCGCCAAGUACCCAGCCAUCAAGGCCCUGAUGCGGCCGGACCCUCACCUCAAGUGGACAGUGCUGGGGAUGGUGCUGGUGCAGCUGCUGGCCUGCUGGCUGGUGCGGGGGCUGGCGUGGCGCUGGCUGCUCUUCUGGGCCUACGCCUUCGGGGGCUGUGUGAACCACUCGCUGACGCUGGCCAUCCACGACAUCUCGCACAACGCCGCCUUCGGCACGGCGCGCGCCUCCCACAACCGCUGGUUCGCCGUCUUUGCCAACCUGCCCAUGGGUGUGCCCUACGCCGCCUCCUUCAAGAAGUACCACGUGGACCACCACCGCUACCUGGGCGGCGACGGGCUGGACGUGGACGUGCCCACGCGCCUCGAGGGCUGGCUCUUCUGCACGCCGGCCCGCAAGCUGCUCUGGCUGGCGCUGCAGCCCUUCUUCUACUCGCUGCGGCCGCUCUGCGUGAACCCCAAGGCCGUGACCCGCAUGGAGGUGCUCAAUGCCCUGGUGCAGCUGGCGGCUGAUGCCACCAUCUUCGCCCUCGGGGGACUCAAGCCCAUGGUCUACCUGCUGGCCAGCUCGCUGCUGGGCCUGGGCCUGCACCCCAUCUCGGGCCACUUUGUGGCGGAGCACUACAUGUUCCUCAAGGGCCACGAGACCUACUCCUACUACGGGCCCCUCAACUGGAUCACCUUCAACGUGGGCUACCACAUGGAGCAUCAUGACUUCCCCAGCAUCCCGGGCUGCAACCUGCCCCUGGUGCGGAAGAUCGCGCCCGAGUACUACGACCACCUGCCGCAGCAUCACUCGUGGGUGAAGGUGCUCUGGGAUUUUGUGUUCGAGGACUCCCUAGGGCCAUACGCCAGGGUGAAGCGGGUGUGCAAGCUGGCAGAGGACCACCUGUGAGCCCGGCCUGCUGGCGCCCGGACUGGACGGACCUGCCACGCCUCGGCCCUCCUGCUGGUGCCUCAGUGCUGAGGUGGGAGCCGGGCCUGCGGCUCGCCCCACCCUGCCCACCUGCUGCAGAGCUGGCUGUCACUGUCCCUUCCUUGGCUAGUGCCCAGAACUGGUUUGGCUGCCUUUGGUUCCCGUACCCUGGGCUGCUGCUCGGGGCCAUGCCUGGCGACAGCGGACACAGACUGCAGCCUGGAGAAGCUGGGUCUGCACUGGACACGCUGCCGACCUGGGGUUGCGCCCUCUGUUUCCGGGCCUCCCAGGGCGAGGCCGGGCCCUGCCCCAGGGGCAUCCUUGGAGCGGAGCUUCCCAUGCCCUCGAAUAAAUCAGCAUUGGUGUGUUUCCACACGCACGGAUUGUUUCCGUGGCUGGUCUUGGCUCCACCUGGGCCUCAGAGAAUGGCCCCCGGCCGGCCCUGGAGGCCUCACCAGCCUCCCCCUCUGGCAGCCCCUGGUCGUACCUCUGCUCCCCACUGCUUGGGCACUGCUUUGCUCACACACUUUGGUGCUUAGGCAGCAUUCCCUGGGGGCCUUGUCAUUGUGGGUGGCCGGCCUCUGGGAGUGCAGACAGCAGAAGGCCCUUGCCUGCCCUGGAGGUUCACGUGGCCCUGAAGCCCCUCAGUACCAGCCCUCCCCUCUCCACCGCCUCCCCUCGGCCCAUGUCGCCGGCUGCUGCCUCACCUUGAGCCCUCACCCCUGCGAGAAGCCUUCCCCGAGCCCCGAGAGUUCAAGCUGGACACCACAGGGUCUGUCUCCUCCACCGCCCUAGAUGUGCGACUUGAGAAGAUUCUCACCGAACAGGCGCCACAGGCCAGACAGACGGUGGGUGGACAGGUGGUUGGACGCACAAGUGGCUGCCCAAGUGAACUACAGCUGGAGGGCAGGAGGCCGAUGGCACAGCUGCAGCCUAGGGAGGCAUCCUUCUCGUCAGCCCCCUGGCCCUAGGGGGCUGCACUAGGGUGGGGUGGGGUCCUGGUCUCCCAGAAGCAGGCAGGCAGGCAGCAGGAAGGGUGCGUGGGUGGGGCUGCCCUGCCCCAGAAGUGUGGGGGCGAGGCCCUGCAGCUCCCACGGCAGCCCCUGCAGCAGCCCCAGGGAAAGGGAGCCCGUGGGUGUGAGGCUGGGAGGCCGAGGACCAUCCCCCCAGGGGUGGGCAGGGUGGGGGCUGUCUUAGCUGACCCAGGAAAGGGAGGGCUGGCAGGAAGGCCCGUUGCAUCCUCUGUCUGCCCAGUGCCUGACACCCGGCAGGCGCUGAGCAAGGACUUCCUGCCCUGGGCUGGGAGUGGCCUCGUGUAGUGCCUGGCGCCCCUGUCUCCGAACGGUCUGACCACUGAGAUGGCCUGGGGAAGAGGUCCCUGGACCCUGGGCUUGCCGUGCAGGGAAGUGAAGUUCAGCCUGGGAAUACUUGAGCCUCGGCAGGCAGCCCCUCCUUGUGCACACAAGCUAACCCAGGCCUUGGGGAGCCCCCCGAGAACCCGCUCCUACCGCAGCUGAGCCCCCGGGCUCUUCUGUGUCCGCCAGGGCGCUUAUCUGCAGACAGGGCAGAGGGGCACAUCCCAGCCUCACCACAAGCCCGGCAGAGUUCUCCUGAGGAGAAGGCUGCCUGGGUAGGGGGAGUGCCUUGUCACCACCUGCCAGCUCCCCCACCCCCAGGCUCUGAGACUACAGGAUUCCUGGACCCUGGGAGGUGGAAGGCAGCAGGAGAGCAGCUCCUGGAGCUGUGGAAUCUGCUGGCUCUGGGUUAACACCGCCACGGGACCUGGGGAAACCAGUGAGAUCUGAGCCUCGGGCUGCUCACUUCCUAGCGGCAGACCAGUCCUUUUCCCGUCUUCUUGGGUUGGUUGGGAGCACUCAAUGAGAUGAACUAUGUCCACAGCUGGGUCAGAAAACAGUAGUGCCCCUGUCAUUAGCCAGAUGGGGCCCAUGCUUCCUCCCUCCCUCCUAUGGCCUCCAGAGGAUGUUUGGGCACACUGUUGUGUCCGCUGUGGCUGUGGGAUGGUCCCAGCAUUUCAAGGCCCACCCACUGGCUGGGGCCUGGCUCCUGGCCCAGGGGUAGCAGUGGCUGAGGCUGAGUCAGACCCUCUCUGGCUGUGAUGGGGAACUUGCACGCUCUGAGAAAUGACUCGGGUGGGCAUUCAGGCGCCCCUGCUGCCCUGGAGACGGGGACCGUGUCCUCCCUGGAGGAUGCAGGAGGAGACUUUGUGGGGCAGAGCGGAAGGCAAAGCCUGCCUUCAUUCCCACCCCACUUGCGGAGCCCGAGAUGCAGCCCCCCAUCUGUGCAGUGGUGGGUGAACAGGCACAUCCUCCCUGCCAGUCAGAACGCACAAGGCGUCCCUUAGAUGUUCCAGGCAUGGGCACCACUCAGGGCCUGUCUCCCUGGGGGAGUCUGUGGGGGUGGCUCCCUGAGGUAGGACCUGAGGCCUUCCCCAGGAGCCCCGGCCGGAAGUGCCUGAGAUGCCCUGCUCACCCUCCCCGCCCCUCCCUGUGUCUGAAUUCCGCCCAGCCACCUGUCCAAGGCCCUAUCUUGCUCCUACUAUUCUCGGCCACCACUGUCGUGGGCCCUUCCUCAGAAAGGGGCCUCCCCCCCCAGGGUCGACCAGGAGCCGGUGUGAGAGAGUGAGAGCUGGAGCCGGGGGUGUGGACAGUAAGCGUUUAUUACGAUGUGGACACAGACACCGCGGGGCGUGGACAGACCCUCACCACCAGGAUGCUGGGGAGGAGCUGAGUGUGGACAGCUCGCCACUGCCAGCCAAGGUGCUAACAGCGUCACCUAGGAGGAAACUGGGAAGCCAUCUAAUGAAGUGUGAUUUGGGGGUGUCUUCUCUAUAAACCAAAAGAAAUGUACACUUAAAUAGGCAAAUAUAAAAUACAAAAAAAGUA